AUGGGCUGGUUCAAUUCAGGAAAGAAAGAGGAAGAAAAGGUCUCCAGCGGAUCAAAUACCCUCGCAGAUGGGGUAGUGGUUUCUGUUCAGGACGUCCCAGCAACGGUUGAUAAAUUUGUCGCUGAGAGUCCACUGUCGGUGUAUCUCAUCGACGGUGAGAGAGAAGCUGAUAGAAGCAUUAUAUGUAGGGCUAAUGAGAACGGAGGACAGACCUGUCUGAACCUGAGUAUUAACGGUAUAACGCUGUUCAAGACUAUGCAAGGGAAAAACUACUUCUGUUCCCUCCCACCGGACAUUGGAGCAACUCACUUUGAGUGCAGAAAGAUCACAUAG